UAGUGAGAAGGUGGUGGCAAAAGAGCUGACUCAUGACUUGGAGUGGGGUGCAAGGCCUUUUAAAGUCUUAAGCUACAUAGUUCACACCAUUUCUUAAUUUAUCAUAUUUAUUUGUGAAUGAUGUUCCACAAUAUUUGCAGUUAGCAUCUGUUUUAGUUGCCUUUGAAAGGCCAAAUCAAGAAAAAUAAACAUGGCAAUGGCCAGUUCAGAAGCUAGUUCUACACAGCAAGUUCCAAUUCUCGGAGGCAAAGAACAUGAAAAUUCGACCGUAAUUGAUCCAACUCUUAAUUAUGAAGCCACUAAUAAGCCUCAAAAAAAGGUUCAUCAAUUCUAUUUCGUCAAGUUUUGGCCAUAUAAAGACUUAGAUGAAGAAUCCAAAAUUUCAAAAUCUCAGCAACUGGUUGAAGAAGUGGAUCAAAAGUUGAAUCGAAUGGGCCAAGACUACAAACAUUUAAAGUUGAAAUGGAGAGACACACACUCGCAACUUUAUCGUCUAAGCAAUAGAAAAUUAAGCAUUUUUUAUGGAUUGAAUUUGCAAAAAGACUUGCUGCAUCAUUUGCUACUUGUUUUGGAUAAGCUUAAUUUAGCUUGCAAGAUUCCUCUUAAGCACAAAGGAGGACCAAAUCAUACUCAAGGCUUUCAAAGGUGGAUUUCCCAUGGAAGUAAUAAUUUGGUCAUAGAAAGGAAGCUCAUUAAAAAGAUGGGUAGAAGGCAACCUAGACUCAAUGAUCUUGAUCUAAGCAGUACAUCAUUACUACAAAACUUUAUUGGUUGUUUUAAUUGCGGAAAUAUAGAUAAAUCCAGGUAUACCCAUAUGCUUGAAGAGCUUAAACAAAUUGAAGAGAAAAAAGAGAAAGCUUUGACUGAUUUGGCCCAAAAUCCCAACAUUUUCAAUUCCUUAACUCUGAGAAAUGCGAUAGAGGAGCAAAUCAAAAUAGUUAAGAAAAUAUCACUAGAACUAAGAAUCGAGCAACGUGAAGUGAAAUCAACCAUUGAAGGUUUAGAGAAAGAACUUAUUCCUAUGAAAGAAGAGGUGUCUGGUUACUAUGAUCAACGACGAGAGAUGUUGAAGCAAAAAGAAGCAGCCCAAUAUUGCAUUUUGAAACUGAGGCAAACCUUUGUUGAGAUGAAUAGCAUGUAUGAUGAAUACUGUUGAACAAUGCCAAAGAGCUUGCUAGGAAUAAAGAUGUCACAGCAUUAAGAAAACUCUCGCAUCAACAGGUUGAAGAAUUCAUGUCGGAAUGGAAUCAUCCAUAUGUUAAAACUUUCAGAAUCAAUUACGACUUUAGCAUUUUGCCUUCGUUGAGUGAUCGUUGGUUGAGUAAUGAUAGACGGAUCGGAUUUGGAGAUGACGAUCGAGAAACACUUCGGUAUAUAGAAGACAUAUGUAACAUAAAUUAGUUGGACUUCGGGUGGAUAUCUAUAUCAAACAUAGGUGACAAGUAGACAUUUAAAAAUAUAGGUGCAACUAUGAACAUAGUUAAAUAUUUUUUAUGUUAAAUUCAAGUUCAUAACAAUUUUGUUUUCUUGUUACUUA